AUGUCUUUGGCACCCUUCCUCCACCGGGGCCCGUCGAGUCUUGCCCGUAUACUCGGAGAGUACGACAACUUCAUGUCGCAGAAGAGCUUCAGCAGCCUUCGCUCUACAUUCACGCCAACCUUUGAUGUGCGAGAAACCAAGGACGGGUACGAGCUCGAAGGCGAGCUGCCUGGUGUGAAACAAAAGGAUAUCGAGAUUGACUAUCCUGACUCAAAUACUAUGCAGAUCAAGGGCCACACUGAACAUACUUCCGAAGAGAAGGACGGAUCCUGGUGGGUUUCUGAGCGCUACAUGGGUGACUUCCGACGGUUGUUCAGGUUUCCAUCGCCUGUCGACAGAGAUGCGACACAUGCUCAUUUGAAAGAUGGAAUCCUGACAAUUACUGUUCCGAAGACUGAGAAGCACGAUGAAACCAAGAAGAUCACAAUUGAGGAAUGA